CCAUCAAACCACCCUUUUCAGGAUUUGCGGAGGGGCUAACUUCUCCAAAUGUUACCGCUACAGGAUCAGACGCAGGCUUGAGAGACCUCCUCGCGACAUUCCCUACUACUUCGAAACGUUGUUUUAUAAGCUAUCAGGACGAAUGAAGACGCAAGGAUUUAUACUGAUUUGGGCGCAUAAUGUUGGGAUGGAGUUGCGAGACUUUGGCUCAAAGGAAGAUUAGAAAAUAUUCUUUUUACUUUUACCCGGUGGAUGCGCUAGUAUUCUAUCUUGGAUUAUUGUCGCUUUUGCUGAACUCGCACUGUUUUUCUAUUGCUUGGCUCUGUGCUUCGUUUUCUUGUUUGGACUAUGGCCUCGGACCCCAGAGUCCCCGGGGCCGGUGUUUUUGGAGAUUUACCCCCGAUUUAUACGCGUUCUCCGCCGCCUGUAAACACAGAUAUUCCACGGAGACCCAGUUAUUGCCACGCUGCUUUCGCUCUUAAACAGAUUUCUAAGGGCAAAGCUGUGGGUCAGAAGGCUCCCCUGUGGAUCAGGGCCCGCUUCCAGGCCCUCCUCUUCUCCCUGGGCUGUCACAUCCAGAGGCAUUGUGGGAAGGUCCUCUUCAUCGGGCUCCUGGUGUUCGGAGCCCUCUCUGUGGGGCUGAGGGUCGCCGCCAUCGAGACGGACAUAGAGCAGCUCUGGGUGGAAGCUGGGAGCCGUGUCAGUAGAGAGCUGCGCUACACCAAGGAAAAGCAGGGGGAGGAGUCGGUCUUCACCUCGCAGAUGCUCAUUCAGACACCCAAACAGGAAGGAGCUAACAUACUUACCCAGGAGGCUUUGCUCCUGCACCUGGAGGCUGCGCUGUCCGCCAGCAAGGUCCAGGUGUCGCUGUUUGGAAAAUCAUGGGAUCUCAACAAGAUCUGCUACAAAUCAGGAGUGCCCAUCAUAGAAAAUGUCAUGAUCGAAAGGAUGAUUGACAAGCUAUUCCCGUGUAUGAUUAUCACGCCUCUCGACUGCUUCUGGGAGGGCGCCAAACUCCAGGGAGGCUCUGCCUACUUACCAGGCAUGCCAGACAUCCAGUGGAUGAACCUGGACCCUGUGAAGCUGAUGGAGGAGCUGAGCCAGUUCACCUCUCUGGAGGGCUUCAGGGAGAUGCUGGACAAGGCCCAGGUGGGACACGCCUACAUGAACCGCCCCUGUCUGGACCCUGCCGACCCCGACUGCCCCCGCAGUGCACCCAACAAGGACCUGGGAGAGACCCCUGACAUAGCUGGCAGGCUCCAGGGCGGUUGCCACGGCUUCUCCAGAAAGUUCAUGCACUGGCAGGAGGAGCUUAUCCUGGGAGGCAGGGUCAAGGAUACCCUGGAUGAACUGCAGAGCGCCGAGGCCCUACAGACCAUGUUUCUCCUCAUGAGUCCUAAACAGCUCUAUGAACACUUCAAGGACGACUAUGAGAUCCAUGAUAUCAACUGGAAUGAGGACAAGGCCACUGCUAUCCUGGAGUCUUGGCAGAGGAAGUUUGUGGAGGUGGUGCACCAUAGCAUCCCCCAGAACUCCAGCCAGAGCAUCCAUGGCUUCUCCACCACCACCCUCAACGACAUCAUGAAGUCCUUCUCAGACGUCAGUGUGAUCAGAGUGGCGGGAGGGUACCUGCUCAUGCUGGCGUACGCCUGCAUGACCAUGCUACGCUGGGACUGUGCUAAGUCCCAGGGGGCGGUGGGACUGGCGGGGGUGUGUCUGGUGGCCCUGUCUGUGGCCGCAGGUCUGGGGCUCUGCUCCAUGCUGGGCUUGUCCUUCAACGCUGCCACCACACAGGUGCUGCCCUUCCUGGCUCUGGGUAUUGGGGUUGAUGACAUGUUCCUGUUGGCUCACUCCUUCACAGAGUCUGGAACCAACAUACCCUUCAAGGAGAGGACAGGUGACUGUCUGAGACGGACUGGCACCAGCGUGGCUCUCACCUCCAUCAACAACAUGAUCGCCUUCUUCAUGGCUGCCCUGGUGCCCAUUCCUGCCCUGCGUGCCUUUUCUCUGCAGGCUGCCAUUGUGGUGGUGUUCAACUUCGCCAUGGUCCUCCUCAUCUUCCCCGCCAUCCUGAGUUUGGACCUUCACCGGCGCGAGGACAAGCGCCUGGACAUCCUGUGCUGCUUCUACAGCCCCUGCUCCAACCGGGUCAUCCAGAUCCAGCCCCACGAGCUGUCCUCGGACGCGGGCGAGGCCUCCUCCCGCACCCCGCCCCCCCGCCACGCCCCGUACGCGGCCGGCUCCACCAUCACCACCUCCACCCGCAUCACCACCACCGUCCAGGCGUUCACCCAGUGCGACUCGGCCGGCCAGCACAUCGUCACCAUCCUCCCGCCCACCUCCCAGAUCUCCACCAGCCCGCCCUCCGUCGUCCUGUCCCCCUCGUCCCCGCAGCCCCCCGGCGCCGACGCCUACGGCUCGCAGCUCUUCGCCCCCACCUCCAGCUCCACGCGCGACCUCCUGGCCCAGAUGGAGGAGUCGAAGGAGGCCCGGGAGUGCGUCCCGCUGCCCUUCUUCCGCUGGAACCUGGCAACCUUCGCCAGGGAGAAGUACGCCCCUCUUCUGCUCAAGCCCCAGAGCAAGGUGGUGGUGGUGGUGGUGUUUGUGGCUCUCCUGGGCCUCAGCCUCUACGGCACCACCAUGGUCCACGACGGGCUGUACCUGACCGACAUUGUGCCCCGCGACACCAAGGAGUACGACUUCAUCGACGCCCAGUUCAAGUACUUCUCCUUCUAUAACAUGUACCUGGUCACCAUGGACGGCUUCGACUACGCCCGCUCACAAAGGCUGCUCACCCAGCUGCACAACGCCUUCACGUCGGUCAAGUACGUGGUGCGGGGCGAGGACCGGAAGCUUCCCCGCAUGUGGCUGCACUACUUCCAGGACUGGCUCCGAGGUCUUCAGACAGCGUUCAACGCAGAUUGGGAAGCUGGCAGGAUCACCCAGGACAGCUACCGGAACGGGACAGAGGACGGGGUUCUGGCCUACAAGCUGCUGAUCCAGACUGGAUCCAAGAAAGACCCGUUCAACUACAGCCAGCUGACGUCUCGCCAGCUGGUGGAUGAGGAGGGGUUGAUUCCAGCGGAGGUUUUCUACAUCUACCUGACGGUGUGGGUUAGUAACGAUCCACUGGGCUACGCCGCUUCGCAGGCCAACUUCUACCCCCACCCUCGCGAGUGGAUCCACGACAAAUACGACACCACUGGGGAGAACCUGCGCAUCCCUGCGGCGGAGCCUCUGGAGUUUGCCCAGUUCCCCUUCUACCUGAACGGGCUGCGGCAGGCGUCCGACUUUGUGGAGGCCAUCGAGAGCGUGCGGGCGGUGUGCGACGAGUUCAGCCGCAAGGGCGUGCUCAACUACCCCAACGGCUACCCCUUCCUGUUCUGGGAGCAGUACAUCGGGCUCCGCCACUGGUUCCUGCUGUCCAUCAGCGUGGUGCUGGCCUGCACCUUCCUGGUCUGUGCCAUCCUACUGCUCAACCCCUGGACCGCAGGCAUCAUAGUCUUCAUCCUGGCCAUGAUGACUGUGGAGCUGUUUGGAAUCAUGGGUCUGAUUGGCAUCAAGCUCAGUGCCAUCCCAGUGGUCAUCCUCAUCGCCUCCGUGGGCAUCGGAGUGGAGUUCACAGUCCACAUUGCACUGGGUUUCCUGACGGCUAUCGGGAGCAGAAACAAGCGUUCGGGGGUUGCCCUGGAGCAAAUGUUCGCCCCGGUGAUUGACGGCGCCAUCUCCACCCUGCUGGGUGUGCUCAUGCUGGCAGGGUCCGAGUUCGACUUCAUCAUGAGAUACUUUUUUGCCGUUCUCGCCAUCUUGACCGUACUGGGCAUGCUCAAUGGCCUGGUCCUCCUUCCUGUCCUCCUCUCCCUGCUGGGCCCGCCCGCAGAGGUCACCCUCGCCGAUAACGCCAACCGACUGCCUACCCCCUCUCCCGAGCCCCUCCCCCCACCCAUGACCCACCACGGUUACUACGCGGGGCCACACCCCCGGGGGGUACCUCGGCAGCAGGCCUUCUCUGAGUCAUCGGACUCCGAGUACUACUCGGAGACCACCACCACCUCGGGGCUGGGGGAGGAGGAGUAUAGGUACUGCGACCCCAGCGCCUACGUCAGCCCUCCCGCCUCCACCGGCGCCGGCCCCCCUUCCCACAUCCUGCUGGAGGCCAGCAAGAACCCCAACUUCCCCAGACUCACGGUGGUGAAGCCGUUCACAGAGAAACAGUCUGUCUCUCAGAAGGAACACUUGAACGAAUGUUCGCCCGGCAGCACCCAGCUCACAUGCUGGGACAGCAAGCAAGAGCAGGGUGCCAGGAGGCCCCAGCAGCAGCAUUUACCCAGCGACAGGCCCCAGGGCCCUGGGAGGACUAGUCACUGUGGCCCCAGGCCUCAGGCCCACAGAGGGCCCCACAUCAGCAGGACUAACAGCACGGGCGGCGGUCCCGUCACCAUGGUGACAGCCACAGCGUCAGUGACGGUGGCCGUGCACCCCAGCCUGCCGGGGGCGUACCAGGGCUACAUGCACGAGGGCUACGAGGACAGCGAAACAGACUGCUCUGAGGAGGUUCAGAGGACUUCUCACUUGUUCAAUGGAGGGAUAGUUUGCAGGCCAACUAAAAAAGACUCUCUGGAGCUUGAAGACCUGGAAACUGUACACCACCACCACCAACACCAUCAGGGCAAACAGGCACUAGGUUGGCCAAGGAACCAGGCAGCCAAAGAUUGCUAGACUCUUCCCCACUUUGCCCUCCCUUUUCUGGGCACAACUCUGGCUGCUUCCUGUUUCCUUCCUCCUGGAGCCUGGACACCGAGCCCUGUUUCUCAGACCUGUACAUAGACACCACACAGACUGUACAAGAAGAUUUAUUUUAAAAAAGAUAUUAAGAUGGUCUUGUUUUAAGAAUAUAUAAAUCUAUGAGUAUAUAUUUUAAUACUAAAAAAGAGGGAAAUGCUAUUUAAAAGAGUACUGUAUAACUUGGGUAUUCUCUUGUGUAAAGGUUCAGAUGUAUAAGAUGAUUUUUGAAGGAGGUGUUUCCCUCCACUUGUAUAGAUUAUGUGCUAUAUGUAAAAAGAAUGGUCCGAAAAUUAAGAUGCUAUUAAGAUAUUAGGUUUAUGAAAAUACAUGGUCAGUGUUUGUUGUUUUGCUGCUACACUUCAAAAGAAUUGAAUUGAUUUGCCUUGAAAAUAUGCAGUACCCACCCCACCCCCCCGCCCCCACCUCCCUUCCUACACCCCAUUUCCCUUCCUACACCCCACACACAGUAAACAGGAUUCUGGUUCAGUUUAACACUCCACUGAGAUGAGUGAUCGUCUCUGGAACCGACACGCACUCUCUUGACCGCUUUGGCUGGUCAUACUAGGCCGGUCAUUGCACUCCACAGAAACUUUCCGGUCAGAAUCUUAUUACUCUUAUUUUGUGUCUUUUUUGUUUUUUUGUAUACAUAAUUUCAACCAUUGUGCCUUCACAACAACAUCAUGCCAACUGUUACAAAGUUUGGUGUAAAGUGCUAUCUGUUUCCCUCUCUGUUUUAUUUACAUAUGUUGAUGGCUUCUUUACAUGUACUAGAGACCUUCUCAUUCACUGUUUAUUCAUUUGAUCAACGUCAAGUCCACUUCUACAUUUCUAUGUAUGCGUUUGUCAGUAUGCAUCGUCUUUAGCUAUCCAGGUCUGUCAGGAGUCAUCAGCAGCAGCUCUGUCUGGUUGUGUGUUCGUUCAACAACUUGCCAGGUUGUUCUUUGCAGUCUGUGUGUUGUUAUAUUACUUGAAGGAGUUGUGAUCAGGAGGUUUCCUCCGAAAGUGUUUCUAAGCUGUUCAUUGGGUGACAUUCACUCUGUCAAGCAGUGUCAUGUUACAGACAAGAGUUGUUUACCCAAUUUUAGUUCGAAAGGGAAUUUUAUAUCAAAUGCAAAGGGAGUUUCUUUUUUUUCUUUUUUUUUUGAUAUAUAUAUAUAUAUAUAUAUUUUGUUUGGCUGCUGUAGGGGUUGUGUUAAGCAGCACCACAGCCCUGUGCAAUUAUUGACUAUCUUGAGCAUUUCAAACAGCUCAUUCUGUGGUUACCUAUUGGGUAAUAGAAAAGGGUUUGUGCCUUAGUGCAGUAACAUACUCUUCAAUCUCUAUCUCUCUCUUUCGCUCUCCCCUUUGUAGGCCUCAUGCAAGUCAGCAAUACUGCUAUACUGGUUUGCCUUUUUUACCAUUUUCAUUUGUCGUAUAAUUUCAGUUGUCCGUUCAGUAUUGGUCGUCACUGUCACUGCCAAUUGAAAUGCAGGGAAAUGUACACAUUCUUUAAGUGGCAGCUUGUAAUUCUUUUGUAAAUAGUGUUAUGAAAGAAAACAUUACGUAGCUACUCUGCAUUCUGGAAGAAAACAUAGAUCAGGUUCAGAGAGAUACCAGCAUUCAAUGCUUCCAUUCAGAAACACAAGAGUAGGUUCUAGAAGUCAUAGCUGCAGGGUGUGUUUGGGGGGGGUCCUGCAUAGGGUUGUAGUUUUAUUUCAAAUGUAUGUCAUGCCAUAUAAAUUAUUUAUAUUAAAUUUUUAUUUUUGUAGUUUGUACAGAUGUUAGUCACUAGACUGAAGUUCUAUUUUCAAAGAGUAAAUAUAUAUUAUAUAUAAUUAUAUCUAUUUGUUGCCGAGUUUUUUUGUUUUGUUUUGGGGGUUUAUUUUUUUGGGGGGAAGGGGGGGGGGGAUUACGGGAGUGGGAGGAAAGGGGUUCAGACAUUUUGUUUUCUUUUUUUGUUGUUUGGAGAAAAAGGGUGCACUUGGAGAAUGAAGUAGAAGUGAGAGGCAGACAGACAGGGGCCAUCUUUUUUGGACUUGCCUGUCCGUUACAUCCUGUGCCAUGUCAUUAUGUUUAAAAGUGAUACUCUAUUGUCCAUGUCUAAAACACUGUGACUUCCUAAACACUAUGCUCAAGAAACCCCUUGUGUUCCCUCGCCUUCUAUAGGAAUCUAACUAACAAAAUAAAUUCAAU